AUGGAAAUGGAGUCGAAGGGGGCGGGGUGCAGCAGAAGGGAGCAGAGAUGUUUGGAGGCUUUUUUUUAAUAUAAAAUUAUUUAUUUAAAUAAAAAUGGCCGCCGUGGAGAGCGGAGAGGAGAGACUGGAGGAGGGCCAAGAGGGUGAGGGACCUGCUGACCCUCAGCCCCCUGCCAGGUCCCACAGUAAGUCCAAGAAAGGUCGUCGUGAGCGCCGCCAUGCUGACAGAGGGACUGAAUCCACGGCCACACCCCAACCAGCUGCACUGCAGCCACACAUGGGGGCGGAGCCACAGACACAGGUGUCUGAGCCUCAGGCCGGACCCUCAGAGGAGGCGGGGUCAGAAACGGCAGGCGGUAGUGAGUCAGCAGGUUCUCCGAGGCAGCGGCGCUCCAUCAUCCGGGACCGUGGGCCGCUCUAUGAUGACCCAUCACUGCCUGAAGGCUGGACACGCAAACUCAAACAGAGGAAGUCUGGACGCUCUGCGGGGAAGUUUGAUGUUUACUUGAUCAACUCGGAAGGAAAGGCUUUCCGUUCCAAGGUGGAACUAAUCGCUUACUUCCAGAAGGUUGGUGACACAACUACUGACCCCAAUGACUUUGAUUUCACUGUCACCGGACGUGGAAGCCCUUCCCGCCGUGAGAAACGUCCUCCAAAAAAACCAAAGGUGGUGAAACCAUCAGGUCGAGGCCGGGGGCGUCCCAAAGGCAGUGGGAAGAUGCGGCAUGCUACAGAGGGCGUGGCCAUGAAACGCGUUGUUGAGAAAACCCCAGGCAAACUGCUGGUCAAGAUGGCAGAGUCCUCGACCGGCACUACCUCCACUGCCUCAAAGGUGGCGUCUCCUGCACUCGUGCCCAAGUCCCGUCCCGGCAGAAAGAGGAAAUCAGAACAGGAACUUCCAGUGCCACCACAGACCGCCCCCAAGAAACGGGGCAGAAAACCAACGUCGGCAUCGGCAUCAGCGGUUGCCACGGCAUCCACCUCCUCAGCAUCCACCUCUGGUAGCGCCGCCGCUGGGAGCUACGCAGCAGCUGCCAUUUUGGCCGCUGAAGCAAAACGUAGAGCAGCCAAGGAGUCUUCCACCAAAGCUGUUGUCCAAGAAACAGCCCUGCCAAUCAAAAAACGUAAAACAAGAGAGACAGUAGAGGAGAAGGAGAGUGUCCAGACUCCCGUUGUUUCACAAGCAGAGACUGAAAGAACGGUCACUUCAGGGGGAGAGGGAGCUAAAGGGGAGGGAGUCCCUACCUCAGAGACUUUACCCGCCUCCUCGGAGAAGAGCCAAUCACAUACACAGAAGCAGCCCACUGCAUCAGAUGAAGGCCAGUCACAUGGACAAAAGAUGCAUAGAGGAAGGAAGCACCGGGAGAAAACAGGAACAUCAGACGCAGAUGGAGGAAGAGGAGAGGAAGCAGAUGAAGACGUGGGUGAUAAUCGAGGAGACGGAGGAGGAGGAGGGAGGAGUAGCAGCAGCAGCAGUAGCAUUAGUCCAUCAAAAAGACACAAAAGGAAGGAAAGGACGCCUCACAAACACCACCAUCACCACCACCACCAUCAUCAUCAUCGCCACCAACAUUCCUCUGCCUCAUCAGAGGAUCAGCCUCCUCUUCCUCCAGCUCCUGCACCCCCAGAAUCCUCCAACCAGUCCAGACCUGAAGCUGAGCCCCAGGCCGUGCCUCAACUCAACCCCCAGCACACUCAGCAAGUUCAUCCCAGACCAAAGUCAAAGUCUGACACCCAGACCCCCCCUGAACCCCGACAUCCUCCCCCUCAACCGCGCCACUUGCCCCAGCCCCAUACCCUGCAGCAUUCCCAGGACCAGUCACCCACUCAACCUCAAGCCCAGGCUCGGUACUCCGCAUCCCAGCCCUCUCCCACGAGGCAAGUUCAACCCCAGCCAAGUCCCCAACUUCCCCCAUCCCAGAGUCAGCGCCAGGCGUCCCCCCCAAAAGCCCAGUCAAAGCCAGUCCACUCCUCAGCUCAGCACCACACCCAGCUUCAGGCUCAGCAUUCUCCAUCUCAGCCCCGCCCCCCUCAGUCGCCUUCAAUUCUGCAUGUCCAUUCAGCCCAAACAAGGCAUCCACAUUUGCGAACCCAGUUCCCAACAGCACUUCAAUCCCAGACCCAGCACAGGCACCCAUCCCAACCCCAGCCCAAACAAUCUCAACCGGAGACCCGGCAGUCACUUCAGCCUCAGUCUCAGUCCAGGACCCCUACCCAACUUCAAACUCAAACCCAACCCAGGACCCAACUCCGGAAUCAACCCCAAUCCAGAGCCCAUCUUCAGACUCAGAGCCAGUCCAGAAUCCCAACCCAAGUUCAGACUCAAACCCAACCCAGAACCCAACUACUGCCUCAACCCCAAUCCAGGACACUUACCCAAAUUCAGCUUCAACCCCAGUCCAGGACCCAAGUUCCAAUUCAACCCCAAGCCAGGACCCAACCGCAGACUCAAUCCCUAACCAGAGUUUCAGCUCAAGUUCAGCCUCAAAUGCAGCCACGAACCCCUGUCCAGCUUCCACCUAACCUGCAGCCCAGGCAUCAGGUGCUGCCGCAACAGCAGACGAGACACCUUCCACAACAUCAACCCCAGACUCAACACAGACCACAACCCAGACAGUCAUCUUCCCAGCCAAGACCACCCCAGCCCCAACCCCAACCCCAGUCCCAAGGACAACCACACUUUCAACGGAUUCAAGUGCAUUCGCGUCCUCAACCCCCUCAGAUCUCCAGACCCCCUGUGCAGCACAUCUCAUCCCACCGACCAUCUUCCAGCCUAACCAGGACCAACCUGGUCCCCGUUCUGCAGAACCAGAGUGAGCAGCCCCAAGAUCUGAGCACCACACGGCCAGGAAGAGGGAGCCUGCUGCAGAGUCGAGAGGUCUCCUCGGAAGGCGUCAGGGCGGGGGACAGAAGGGAGCCGGUCGUGGCAUCAGAAGGCAGAGAGGUCGUAGGAGGUGGAAGGGGGUCAAACAGUACCUCGAGGUCCAUACCUCCUGGAUCUCCAGUAGUAGCCGGAACCGGGGUUGGUCUGGUCCCUGGGGCAGAGGGAAGACCUAGGCUCCGAGCAGAGCCAGAGGCUGCAGGUGAGGGGAGGGAGCUCAGAGACAUUGUCCCCCAGUCUGCCGUCCCCUGCCCAAGCCGGGAGGAAACCGUCGAAUCACGGACUGUGGUCAGCGAACGAGUAAGCUGAUCAGUGAGGCUAGCGAUCAGCUGACUAAUCAGUUUACUGAUCAGCUGACUGAUGGACUGAGUCAGCAGUGGAAGAGUCAGGUGGAUAGGAGCGUGACUGGACUGUGUCGAUGACUUCACGGUGUUUUCAGAUAGGAAUCAGUUCCCAGAGCUUCUCCUCUUGUCUGAUUGAAGACUGCAAAGUUCUGGAUCUGAGAAUCAACAAGCACUGAGGACUGCUGGUGAAGAGAUUGGAAUUUUGUCUUUUUUAGGAAAACAAACAAAAGGAAAACUGAUAAACAAGUGUGUGUGUAUAUAUAUAAUCAAAAGGCAGCUGUUGUGUCCCGCUAGUCUCCGUAGGGAGGGGGGGUAGUUUGGAACUAAAAACCAAUGCUUAACAACACAUUACUCUGAACGAAACGUUGCUUCCGGAAUAUAACCUCCUUUUUAUUUGUAUUUUGAUAGUUUAUAAUUUUGUCUCUGUUACAGCUUUAAACUCUGAUAUUAUUGACUGACGGUCCCUUAUUAUCGUCGUGCUGCUGACUGACGGUCCUUUAUUUAAUAUUCUGCUCUCUCAACUGAUAGUCCCUUACUGAAACUGACGGUUCCUUACUGAAACUAGAACUUAACUAAAAGCCUCAGAGGGGAUGUGAGGCGGCGGUUUGCACCUUAAACUGGUUUCUUAGAAAUCUUUCAGUUUUUCCACCCAUGGUUCCAUUAUGCCGUUAAUAGAAAAAAAAGGGGGGGGGGUCUAUAAUGUUUUCCAUCCUCUUCCACACUGCCCCCUAGAGGUAGCCGUUCUGAUGUAAGAGCAUUACUUGUUGACUCUACACAGAUCUCACUUUUAGUUAUUUUAACCCAUUCUAUGAAGCAUUCAAACAGCUCAAGGUUUUCUUGAUACGUCUUAUCAGAAUCUGAAUCCCGGCAUACACUGUACGAUCGUAGAAAAGUCCCCGGUGGAAUAUCGGCUCACACUGUACAACUGAUUUGUUUACAAUGCACGACCAAAGCUCCCAUUUCAUGUUCUCACAGAGUACGACCCGAAUGUUGGACACGACCUGAGGGCUCACACUGUACGAGUUGAAUCGGGGACGGAGCGUUGACUAUUGUCAAUAAAGAUUAUUUUGAUAACUCCCUUAGACGGAGGACGAAGUCUCAUAUGCACCCCUCAAAUACAAACCCCUGCUCACAUACUCAGCAUCACAUUUAAAAACAAUCUAACUAGCAGCUAAAUCUUUACAAAUAAGACGACAAGUCAGACAUGCCUGCGGUUGCCAUAGUGAUUUCAGAAGCCGUCUUGACAGUUUGUGCAGGCACAAUCAGGAAACAAGCUCUGGAGUCUGGGGAAUUGGCUUGUGGCUCUGCACUCACUGCGAGUGUGCUGAAAUUCGGCUCGACCUCAAAAUGAGUUGUACUACACAAAGAUGGAGGCUUAAAAUCGUACAGUGUACGCCUGGCUUAAACAGAUGGUUCUUCUGUUUGAUGAUAAAUCUUCGACCAUGCUCGUUGGUUCUUCGAAUGCUUCAGACGUUCAGAGUUCUUCCAUGGCAGAGAUUCUUCCACAUCGGCCUUCAUUAAAUCUGUUUGUUUUGGUUGUGUUUUUGUUUUCAAAAGAAGCGCUUAUAAAAUCAAACCAAACCCACUUUUACGGUAGCUUUAUUUUUAGUUCGUCGUUUUAGUUGUUUUUUUUUAAAUUGUGUCUUUGUGUUGAAUGUCUGGAACAGUUUGCACUCCUCCAGUUUGUACAAUCAACCGCCUGCAUGUCGCUCGGAGACUCUGUAGGCCUUCAACCGGAGAUGCACGUACGCAGAGGUCCAACCUCACCAGGGUUUCACUGUCGGCCAUGUUGGCGAUUGUGUGUGGAGACAGAACCCUGAUGGUGGUCGGGUUCAGUUCCAUGUGGAGUCAAAUGUGCUGGAAACAGAAACACAAACAGUUCACUGAGCAGGGAACUGAUUUUUGAGUCUGUGGGUUCAGAUUAGAGAGCGUGAAGGAGAAACGGAACAAACAGUAACACAGUCUGGACCAAUGGGAGUGUAGCGUUUCUACUCUGGGUUUUCAAGGCACUGCUGUUGCGAGGGAACGUGAUUUAUGGAGUUUGGCAAGAAAAUCUAUAUAUUUUUGGAAUGAUAAGCUAAACAAGAACUCAACCUGUUAGAUCACAACGGAGAGAGUCCGACGUCAGAGCGUGUAAAGAUGGCAGCCAACACCUACUUAUAUCUGAAUGUACACGAGGGUUAUGUUGUGCUUUCAGCUCUUUUAGGUCAGACAUUUAAACUAAUUGGUUGAAUUUAGAUGGUUAAUAGGUUAAGUUGAGUCUUAAGUCUGGUUAGCGCCUGUGUUAGCUCCACUCUGCUCUUCUGUUAGCUCCUCUAUUAGCUCCUGUGGUAGCACCUUUGUUAGCUGCUGUGUUCGCUCUUCUGUUAGCUCCUGUGUACAUUUGUACACACGUGGGUUAUGUCAUGCAACACUUUCAGUUCUUUUAGGUUUUUAAACUUUAAAGACUUUUAAACUAAUUGGUUGAACUGAGAUGGUGAGUAGGUUAAGUCAAGUCUUAAGUCUGGUUUACAUUAGCUCUUCUGUUAGCUACUGUGCUAGCUACUGUGUUAGCUCCUGUUUCAGCUCUUCUGUUAGCUGUCUUAGCUCCUCUGUUUCUUCAAGUGUUAGCUCUUCUUUUAGCUCCUAUGUUAGCUCCUGUGUUGGCUCCUCUGUUAGCUCCUGUGGUAGCGGCUGUGGAAGCACCUGUGUUAGCGCUUGUGUUUGCUUCUGUCAGGUCCUCUGUGAGCUCCUGUCAGCUCCUCCGUGAGUUCCUGUUAGCUCCUUCAUUAGCCUCCGCUCUGAACCUUCAGACUCUGUUUGAAUGUUAAUCUCUGUCUGUCAAAAAACUUUGAUGUUCUUGACUCUUUGGCUCCAGCACUUCAGCGGUAUCAUCGCUUAAAUGAGUUUACUAGACCAGAAAUAAUCCAAUAAGUGAAUGUGUUCAUGCUGGAUAAAAAUAAAUGUGCCUCGUUCUUUAAACUCCUCCCACCUGGUGUGAUGUCAUACAGGUGAUGUAGUCCAUUUCCACCUUAGGCUGAAAAAUCCCCUCUGCGUACGUGGAGCUCCGCCUACCGCCCGGUCUGCUCACAGCAGCUAACCUGUUAGCAUGCUGCUGCGUGGUGCAGCUGCAGAAAUCAAACAUCCCUCUGUGACUCCACAGGACUCGCCCCGCACAAACCCAGUAACCAGCCACCAUAUUGCAUGUUCCAGAGUUUAGUGCCUAUAAUAUUGUGCGUCUUGCCAGAAGCCACCAUGUCAGCCAAGCCAUGUUGUGUUUCUAGACUUAGUAGUGAUGUGUGUGGUGACUUCAUAGUUGCUAAUAUUGAGGAUGAAUAUUCUGCUUUUACUCUGGUUGGAAUCAGUGGAAACUCCAAUACACUGUCGCUGUAGACAAAACUAGUUUUUACCUGUUUUCUUAUUUUUCUUUCUAACUAAAAGCGUUUGUUGUCCCCUGA